AGAAGGGAAUGGCGUCAGCGUGAGGUCAAGCUACACUGUCCCUAAGGCCAUCUCCGGAUGGUUUCCAUCAUCCUAUCAAGACAGGAAGGCAGUUACAAGAAAGAUGGAGGCUCAAGUCAGGGAGAGAAAGAGUCGGUAACUUGGCAGGGACGGUUGAAGACCUGUGAGCCAAGCAAAGAGCACGGACUGCGAGGGAAAGUGAGGUGCACCCGCCCCGCAGCUAUCCCCGCAGCAAAAGGCGGGACUUCCGGAAGCCAUUUGCCGGAGUGGCAGGGGGACCGGAAGUGGAGGCGCUGCUGGUUGGUGCUGGGGCCCGAGGAGGGGACGCGCGCCGGAACGCGGCCGUCGGGAUCAAGCGAGCGACUGAAGCGUAACCAGCCGACGCCGCACCCGCUGAGGGCCCGUACGGACCCUCUGCCUCUGUGUAGAAUGAGCCAAGGAGACUCGAACCCAGCAGCUAUUCCACAUGCAGCAGAAGAUAUUCAAGGAGAUGACAGGUGGAUGUCUCAGCACAAUAGGUUUGUUCUGGACUGCAAAGACAAAGAGCCGGACGUGCUGUUUGUGGGAGACUCCAUGGUACAGUUGAUGCAGCAGUACGAGAUAUGGCGGGAGCUGUUUUCCCCACUUCAUGCUCUUAAUUUUGGAAUUGGGGGAGACACAACUCGACAUGUUUUAUGGAGACUAAAGAACGGAGAGCUGGAGAACAUUAAGCCUAAGGUCAUUGUUGUUUGGGUAGGAACAAACAACCAUGAAAAUACAGCAGAAGAAGUAGCAGGUGGAAUUGAGGCUAUUGUACAACUUAUAAACACGCGGCAGCCACAGGCCAAGAUCAUUGUACUGGGCCUGUUACCUCGAGGUGAGAAGCCCAACCCUUUAAGACAAAAGAAUGCCAAGGUGAACCAGCUUCUCAAGGUUUCCCUGCCGAAGCUUGCCAAUGUGCAGCUCCUGGAUAUAGAUGGGGGCUUCGUGCACUCGGACGGUGCCAUCUCCUGCCACGACAUGUUUGAUUUUCUUCAUCUCACAGGAGGGGGCUAUGCAAAGAUCUGCAAACCCCUCCAUGAACUGAUCAUGCAGUUGCUGGAGGAAACACCAGAGGAGAAGCAGACCACCAUUGCUUGACUGGCCCAUCAGUGUUAACAGCAUCCCAGCUUCCUCAGAUCAGUUAGACCACUGGCACUACAGAAUCCUUUCUUAAGGCACUUUGCAUUGUACAAUGUUCCUGGAUGCUUGUAUGUUUGAAGGGGAGGAGGGAUUUAAAUUGGUCCUGUAUAUAAAGGUUUGUUUGAAGAGAGGAGAAAAAUUAGCCAAGGAAGAUUCAUUUGAAACCAGAAGGGGACUUUUUAGUUGUUUAUGUCACACUUGUAGAAUCAUCACUGUUUUUCCUAGGACAACAUCAAGCAAGAGUACAAUAUGAAGGUUCUUUUCUUGGCCCUUUUUUCUAUGGAUUAUGUCAUGUGUGAUAAUUAUCACAGCUACUUGGCUUUAAACUUAUUUUUGGUCCAGUUUUAAGGUUCAUGAGUUAGUAUGUUGUGUUGUGUUGUUUGAUUCAUGUAUGCUCGGUAUUUUUAUUAACCUAUAGCAUCAGAUUAAACAUGCUUGUCACUCCAGUGUGCGAGAUGCUAUAGUUACAAGUGAGUUUGUUCCUCUCAGUCUUAAGCAGUGGAAACAAGGUCUGGGGACUGGGAUAGAGGUCUUACUGCUGCUCAAUAUCAUGUCUGUAAUAGACCGUGCAUGCAGCCUUUCUGCUUCCCUUCAUCUCUUCACAGGUGGGUUAUUUACACUGCAAACUUCUAACUCAUUUUUGAUCUAGGACUUGCACUGCCGUCAGGACGAUCUUACUAAUGUAUAACUCACUCUGUGGUGGUCUGUGAUGUAGGGUCUGUGUAAUGUUAAUCAUCCAGAGUUCUGCUUGUCAUCAUACCCCCAACCUGUUGUUUUCCUUUGUUUUGUAGGAGGUGGGGGUGGUGUCAAAAUUGUUUCCCAUUCCAUAAUGCCUGAUGUUAUUUCAAGUUUUAUAUUAUUUUAAGGUGUAUAUGUUUGUUUUCGUUUUAUAUAUAUUAUAUAUAAAUAGAUAUAUUUUACAGUACUGGAAUCAAACCCAGGGCUUAGCACAUACUAAGCAAGUGCUCUGCCGCUGAGGUAAUCCCUAGACAUGCUUGUUUGUUUGCUUGUUUGUUUGGUUGGUUUUUUUAUUGGUUUAAUUCUUAAAUUCUAUCAGUAAAAAAAUGUUUUUCCACGGGAAACAGUGAAACUGCUCUCACAAUAGAUGUGCUCUCUAUGUCUUUUUUUUUUUCCCCCCUUCUUUUGUUUUUCUUUUUUGAGGCAGGGUUUUUCUGUAUAGUCCUGGCUAUCCUGAAGCUCUGUAGGCCAGGCUGGCCUUGAACUCAGAGAUCACUUGCCUCUGCUUCCCAAGCGCUGAAAUUAAAGGCGUGUUCCCACCACACCUGGCUUUAGAUGUGCUAUCUUUAGUCUACUAUUUUAGUAAAGAUUAAACUAGGUUCCUUUUUUUGGUCUAUGAGUCUUACAGUAUAGCUCUGCCUUGCCUGGAGUUUGCUUGUAGACCAGGUUAGUGUUGAACUCACAGAGACCUGCCUGCCUCUGCCUCCUGAGGACUGAGAGUAAAGGCAGGCACCACCAUGGAGAUGGCUCACUGAUCAUUUAAGGUUCCUUAUAUAAUUUAGUGUCUUGGUCGAGAUUUCAAGAGAGCUCCUUACAUUCCGUCUGGUUUGCUUGAGCUAUGCAAACUGCCACUUGAGAAAAUAAUACAUUGUUGGUUGUCCAUAAACGAUCUACAAACAUUUUAAACUGGAUCAGGUUGGGGACUGAGGUAACUCAUUGAAUGUGCUCUGCAAUGCUUUUGCUCAAUGGUCACAUUCAGUAGCUGUCUGUGAUCUAGGCUUUCUGUUCCUCUUCCAGAGCAGCCGUCAGGGCUGUUAGAGGAACUGUUGGUUUGUGCUGAGACCCACCUGACGGAGAAAGAUAGAAGUUGAAGUGUUUUUUCCUGGUGAGCAUCUGUGUAGAAUUUAACACAUAGCGUCAUGAAUGUAUCAUGUCUUCAUUAGCAACAGGAAAAUACACAUGGUCUUUACUAAUAUUGUCUACCACAGUGAAAUUCCCUUUUAUUUUUUUUAGUAGCCCAAGUUCUUGAGUUUUUCAAGACAUUGUUUUCUGAACCGAGUAUAAUUUUAGGAAGGGAGAGUUAAUUAAGCCAGAAUUUUGCGUGUAAAAAGAACAUUUUGACCCAGGUGUUCCUGUGAUCCUCAGAGAGUAGGAAUAUGGUCCAAAUGAGUCCAUUAGGUCACUCCUGCAGCAUGCGCUUGUAGUUUCUCUUGACCAAGGAUGAACUAGUCCUAUGAGCUGGCCUUCAGCUCCCGCACAUGUGGUUAAACCUCAGAUGUUACUACGUUUUAUACCUGCCAGAGCUCCUCAAGCAAUAGCAUUUGAGCCACUAGCCUUUUAAAUAAAACUCUGUCCUAUUGCUGACAUGCAGAUUCCGAGUCCACUGUCAUUUCUUGCCAGGUUCAUUUGUGCUGUUUUCGGGGGACAAUGGUUGAUCAUUCUUUCUUUGGUUGACAUUCCUGUUUGCUUCAGUGACAGAACUGGUUAGUCUGUGUGGUUUUUUAAGAUGUGACGAGAUCUACUUUGCUUUGGUUAUGGGGCCAGGCAGUCAGCACAGGUGCUGCUUUGUUCCUUUUUUUUUUUUUUUUUGGUAGGUGGGUGGUUUUCUUAGCAGAGUCUAUAUGUGUGUACCCUGACUGCCUUUGAACUCCUGGUGAUCCUCCUGUUUUGUCUCCCCAGUAGUGGAGAUACAGGCCCAUUCCACCAUGCUUGACUUGUUAGGCUCCUUUCCCGACAUUUUUCUUUUGAGACAGGGUCUCAGUGUAGUACAGUCUGGCUUAGCAUGUGGCCGAGGGUGACCUUGAACUCAGUCCUUCUGCUGCUACCUUCCGAGUUCAGUACUAGAGCCAUGUCUCUACUGUGGCGGGUUGGAGACGCCCUGCCAAAUGGAUGGUGUGUUGGAGGUGGCUUGGGUGCCCUGGCAUUUUAGAUUACCAUUGGCAGCGCACGGGCCACCAUGUCAGGUCUGCUAGGACUGUUGAGGACUUCUGUCCAAUCCUGAUGUUUCUGUCCAAACCUUCUCCCAGUAAGUAAGUCUUGGCAGCUCAUGCCUUGUUCUUCAGAAUUCUAACUCACUGUUAAAAAAAGUCCCAAUUUCUGUUUGCAUUUUCAACCCGACCACUUAACUCUGCCUGAAACCUGUCUGUGCUAAGGUGUGUGAAUAUUGCCAGUUUUAUAUUUAUUACAGUGAUGAAGAAACGAGAAGUAGGAAAGGGAGCAUGGCCAGCUCCUGACUCUGAGCAGUUUGUAUGGGAACAGUGAGUGGGGGCUUGCCUGUGGUCUUCCCCUCCAGGACCACUGUAGCAGGCUGACUGCACCUCCCCAGGGGAGCUUGUUACCAUGCUUUGGCAAAGGCUUCUUGACUAGAAUCCAUUCUGUUCAGUGCUCAUUUAAUAUAAAAGUCAACAUUUCACUGCAAAC